UCCGUGCAUCAAUUUUGUACAGGCGUUGAGUGCAGUGCGUUGCAACCGUUAGGGCCGAGACUUCCCUCAUACUGUUGACUAUAGAGAGCUGCUCGCGACGGCCACAGAGUGAUGGGGGCAGAUUUGCGCUGUCUCUAUAGGCAUGUCCGAUUCUAGUGCAGCGCUGCUCAGCUUCAAGAGUUCAGCUGAUUCCUACACGGGUAGACCAUCGGAUUCCGACCUGUCCCUGGAGGAGGACAAGGAGGCGUCUCGGCGUGAGGCCGAGCGCCAGGCCUUGCAGCAGCUCGAGAGAGCCAAGAUCAAGCCUGUGGCAUUUGCAGUGAGAACCAAUGUCAGCUACUGCGGGGCUCUAGAUGAAGACUGUCCGGUUCAGGGUACUGCUAUCAACUUUGAAACCAAAGAUUUUCUACAUAUAAAAGAGAAAUACAAUAAUGAUUGGUGGAUCGGGAGGCUAGUGAAGGAGGGGGCUGACAUUGCCUUCAUCCCCAGCCCUGUUAAACUGGAGGCCAUGCGCAUCAAGCAGGAACAGAAAGCUGCUCAGAGGAAAAUGGGAGGGAAUGCGUCAUCUGGGGGUUGGAGGUCAACUCCUCCUCCUGCAGCCAAACAGAAGCAAAAACAGACAGAACAUGUUCCACCCUAUGAUGUCGUUCCAUCUAUGAGGCCGGUUGUUUUGGUUGGCCCGUCACUUAAAGGCUAUGAGGUGACAGAUAUGAUGCAGAAAGCUCUGUUUGACUUCCUAAAACACAGGUUUGAUGGAAGAAUCUCUAUUACACGGGUGACUGCAGAUCUGUCUCUGGCCAAGAGGUCUGUACUGAAUAAGAAAGCUAUCAUGGAGAGGUCUAACACACGCUCUACUCUCGCAGAGGUACAGAGUGAGAUUGAGAGAAUAUUUGAGCUGGCUAAAAGCCUUCAGCUGGUGGUCUUAGAUGCAGAUACGAUAAACCACCCUGCACAGCUCCUCAAGACCUCCCUCGCUCCCAUCAUUGUCUAUGUGAAAGUGUCCUCUCCAAAGGUCCUUCAAAGACUCAUUAAAUCCAGAGGGAAAUCUCAAAGUAAACAUCUUAACGUGCAAAUGAUGGCUGGAGAUAAACUAUCACAGUGCCCACCAGAAAUGUUUGACAUCAUACUGGAUGAGAAUCAGUUAGAGGACGCCUGUGAACACCUGGCCGAGUAUUUGGAUAUAUACUGGCGUGCCACUCACCUACCAGGCUCUGCCCCGGUAAACCCUCUGGUGGAGCAAAAUAUAGUUACGCCACCUUCGGCCAACUCUAGCCAACAGUUCUCAGAAACGCAGGAGCUAAUUGAAUGAGCACUACCACAAAUAAAGGAGUGGUCUGAGUGACAGAACAUUCCAGAAAGCCCCCCAGACUAGGCCAGCUACUCACUGCCCCAGAAUGAGAUGGGGCUCAGAUGGAGC